AUGGGCUGCAGGCUCCUCUGCUGGGUGGUCCUCUGUCUUCUGGGGGCAGUCUCCAUGGACACUGGAGUUACCCAGAUACCAAAACAUCUGGUAGCAGAGACGGGGAGGAAAAUGACUCUGAAGUGCAAACAAAAUCUGGGACAUAAUGCUAUGUACUGGUAUAAGCAGAGUGUUGAGAAGGCGCCGAAGCUCAUGUUUGCCUACAGGUUUAAGGAACUCAUUCAAAAUGAGACUGUGUCCAGUCGGUUCUCACUUCAACGCCCAAACACCUCCCAGCUGGACCUUCACGUGAGCUCCCUGGAGCCCGAGGACUCCGCCGUGUAUCUCUGUGCUAGCAGCCAAGACACAGCCCUGCACCCUCAACUUCUCCCUGUGCACAAACCUCCUGGGUCGAGCCAGGAAGUUGUGGGGGGCAACCAAGUCUCACCUCAACAUUUCCUGGAGGGCCCCAGACAGAGAUCCCAGACCCUCCUGCUGCCUGUCAGGUCACUGGAUGUGGCAAUGCUGAGUGCCCGGCACAGACACCCAUGCCCGGGGCCUGGCUCUGCCUCGGUCCAGACUGUGCCUGAGCUGAAUGCAGGUCAGAGAUGGUCCAGCUUCAUUCUUCCGAGCAGCGUCCAGUCUGCAGUUCCCAGCAUCCCUUUCCGGUUGGACUUACUUUUUCAGCUGUCUCCAAAUACACAAAUAUCUGAAAUUAAAUUACGAAAAUGCUUCUUUGCUCUUCGCGGGUGCGUGGAUCUUGUACCCAUCACAGUGUCGACCCCCGCUUUCCUCCCCUCUGGUGAACGAGGGAUUGGCAUCCUCUGCAUUGCUGCCCCUGGGCUGGUUAGAAGCCUGCCAUCCGGGAAAUGUGCUGCCCUGGGGCAUAAGAGGGCGCUGUGGCUCUAUCGAAAACGCGGAGGCUAG